AAUAUACGCAAUGGAAAACGACGCCCAGCAAACGUGCACUGCCCCUCAUUUUCGCUCUCGAUGAGUUCAGACUACUCGACAGACGACGAGUCGGCGCCGCCGCCUCCGUCGGCCACUGCAGCCUCGGAUCACCUCCCGUCCAUCAGCACUGGGUCGUCGCUCCUGGCCUCCUUGGUCAAGGCCAAACCAGCGCCGUUGAGCGACGCCAGCGAGUCCUCCGAUGACGACGACGACGACGACCCACCAUCGCAUGUCCCGUCCGAGGAUGACGAUGAUGAGGACGAAGACGAACUGGAGCAACUUCUCGUCAAGCAGGAGCAACAAGCAACGCUCGGCAAUACCGCCACGUCGUCCAGUAACAACGCUGCCAACGACGACAACCUGCGCAAAGAGCCGAGAGUGCCCACGUUAUCCACUUCGUCCACGGUCUGCGAAGUGUGCGGCGACGACACGUCCAACGCCAAGCGCGCGCUUGUGUGUGCACAAUGUGGCGUUCGAUUCCACCCGACGUGCUUUCGGCAAAAGUACGCCAAGUUGAUUCAAACCAACCAUUUGAAGAAGUGGUUUUGCCCUGACUGCGAACCGAUCAAGAAGAUCGUGGUCACACCCAAGGGCAAGGGCAAGGGUGUGCGGCGCUCCGAUCCCGCAUCGGCCCGGGCAACCCCCGACGCCAUCAAGCACUCUCGCACCAAACCGUCGUCCGCCGCGACCUCUGCGUCGUCGUCAUCAACCAGCGCCACCGAUGAGUCGUACGCGAGACUGGUCGAAGUGGCGCUGAAGGCCGGGCGCAAGUUCAACGGCCUGGUGCUGGAAAAGGGCGAGGAACUGCUGGUGUUGGCGCAGUCGCUCAAGCAGGAUGUGGAGCAGCAUUUGGGCGGCACGGCCAAGUCCAAGGGUACCAAUCGCAGCAACCAACGUGAUGACAGCGACGACGAAAGCCAAGAUGAAGAUCCGGAAGUCGCAGCUCCCGUGGAGAAGGACGCUGAGCCCGAUACAAAUCUGCCACCGGGGUCGUCGAUGCUCCUCCGAAAGCUAGCGGCCGGGUUGAGCCAGCUCGAGAGCCUCGUGUACACGCUGCAAUACCAUGCCGUCCAAACCGAAGUCGAGCUGAUCAAGGACGUCAAGUACCCGCCCAACCUCGAACAAAAGAGUCUGGAGCGCGAGGCCAAGGAGAUCCAGAAAGCCAAGCUCAAAGUCAAAACGGGCGGCGGUGCCUCGCGGCUGUACUCGUCGGCGCAAAUCGCCAAAUUGGAGGACUGGUAUGGCAAGAGCAGCCGCCCCGAAAGCUCCGAGAUCCAGGCGAUGUAUCGCAUUAUCAACUCCCCCGCGUACGCCGACGCCGAGCUCCAGCCGGAAGGCAUCGCGGUCAAGCAGAUUCGCAUCUGGUUUGACAACCGCCGCGCCAAGGAACGUUUGGAUUACAUGCGCAUCAAGAUGAAGGACGUGGAUACGACAGGAAUGGACUCGGAGACGGUCAAGAAGAUGAAGGCGGCUUACAUUGAUGAAGCCAAAGAAGUUUUGGAAGCGCGCGUCGCCAAGAUGCGGGAAACGAGCACGGGGGCCAUGGACAUCAUGGAAGAGGCCGAGCAGCUCCUUGGCGACGCCCCCCUCGUCGCGUCAUCAUCUACGGACGACGCGGCACAUGCAACAACAUUUACACCGACAGCGUCGGCGUAUUCGAUCGCAGCGAUCACCAACAGCACCAUGUCGUCCCCAGAUGUGAAGAAGCCUGCGAAAGCCAAGCAACGUCUGCGGAUGGACCACGUGGCGUCAGUUCGUAAAGCGGUCAAGGUGGCCCGCGAGGCGGGGCUCAGCGAGGAAGACGUCAAGGAAGAGCGAAGCCGCGCGAUUCAACAGGCUCGCGAACGGCUGUACAUCCAUGGCAAGCCCGUCGGUCCGCAGCCGCUCAACAAGGACGAAGUGACGCAUCUAAAACUGCAGCUGCUCAAGCUCGUGGAAGACGAAGCCGCCCCCGAAUGCGUCAUGGAUAUCUUGGAACUGCUCCUCUCGGUGGACCUCCCUGCCCCCGUUCUCCACGAUACGCGGCUCGAUCGCCAGCUGCGACUCGUGGCCAAGGCGCACCAAGACAACAAGGAUGUCGUCCGCCUCGCCGCCAAACUCAGCGACCACAUUCAGUCUGUCAUUACAUCGUCGAGCUCGUCGCUUGCACCCGUCGACGACGUCGACGCUCGCGACGGCGACGACGUUGUAAAGGAAGAAAAACCCGGCAAAGUCAGCCGGGUCAAGUUUACAGUCGACCAGCUCGUCGUGCUCGAAAAUGCAUUUCAACAGAAUGACUCGCCCGACAAAGAUGCGUUGGUCCAGCUCGCUGCCACGUUGAACGAAGCCGCGGUGGGAGAUCUUUCGACCCACCAUGACUACAAGCAGCUGCGGUGCUGGUUUUACAAGCGCAAGGCUGCGGGCCAUCCUCCGAACGCUCUCUUGGCCGACAAGCCCACGAAAGACGACUCGCGCGACCACCCUGCCACAAGUGACGUUGACAUGGGCGAGUACGACGAGGACGACGGCGGUGUCGACAAGGACUCGGUGGGUGACGACACCAAGGCGGCUGUCGAGGAAGUGGCGAAUGCGACCAAGAAGGGCAAGAGCAACGGCCGCAUCUUCAACGAGAAGCAGUUGGAACGCAUGCAUGCGCUGUUCGACACGAGCUCCCGCCCGGCGAAUGCUGUGAUGGACCAGCUCCAGGACGAACUCAACGAAGGCGACGGCGGCACCAUUACGAAGCGCCAACUCAAGACAUGGUUUUCCAACAAGCGUGCCAAGGAUCGACAAGAUUUUGUCAAAGCCCGCGUGAAGGAAGCGCAGGCGAACGGGGUGGAGAACCUGGAAGCGGUCAAGGAAGCCGCUGACCUAGAGUACCGGGAGCUGAACAAGGAAUCCAAGGACGAGAAUGGUUCAGACAAUGACGAGUCGGACGAUGGCGACGACGCCGCGGGAAAGCGCAAGAAGAGCGGCGGCAAGCAGCCGGCCAAGAAAAAGCUCAAGCGCCAGACGUAACCAGCGACACUGUUGAAAACGAUAAAGACUUUUGAUUGCUUGCUGCAUACGUGGCGCCAUUGUCGAACGAAAGCAGCUUUUCACCGACACGCAUCGUUUCCAGUCACAAAACCAUCCACUGAUCUCGUGCGCUCCUUCAAAAGCCUCCGUCGAGGUUGAAAAGUGUGACCAAGAAGGAACUCCAUGGUGUGCAAGUCCA